UAUAAGUGCGCUAGUUCCAGUCUUCAGUUGGAAGUUCGGACUGAUGUGGAUGAUGCCCCGAUGGAAAACGACAAUACAAAAAAUAGCACACUGCCAUUACCCUUUGCAUAUCAAGAAAAACGAAACCGGCUGUAUUUCAAAGACUAUAAACUGCUCGAAACGUUUUCACCUGCUGUAACAUCCGCUUUGGCGAAUAAUUGCUUGACUGGGACACUAAGGAGCGAAUUUAUAAGGGAUAUAUGUACAGACAUAUCAUCUCAUGGCAUCGCUUACAUAAACAAGGAGGAAAGAAAUAAAGUUUCUUUUGCAAUUGUCACUAAAUACCCUCAUCUCAAGGAUGCUAUAGGAAGUGGAUUGUUAGAUCACGGCAUGUUCCCUCACAUUUAUCACAAUGAUCAAAGUCAAAGAAUGUCUAAGCGGGUCUUGGUCUGAAUCAAUCAAAAAUCGAUUUAAACAUGUUCGAAAAUACGAGAACAAAAAGAAACGAAAGUCAUCGACUGUUGACUUUGAUGUCCAGGGCAGCGUGACUCCUCCUCGUAAAGGAAGGCCAAGACAAACAAAUAUCUGGAGCGAAGUACCAUCAUGUAACAACACAACGGAGACCAUUCACAAGGAGCAUAUUUUGCACUUGCAAAGUGAAUGCCGCAAAUCAUCAUCCAUUCAAGAUUAUGGAAUUAUUAAAGAAUUAAUGAAUUCAACUUACGA